GUUCAUUGGUUAACCUGCGCGGGCGCUGGGACGAGGCGGUUCACGGUCACCACAUCUGUUCAAACCUCAGGUGGAAUUAGACGCUCUCAAUUCAAAAAAUAUUGUAUUCAAAAAAUAUUAUUACAUCGAAAUAUACCUUAACCGUUGCUUCGGAGUUAAAACAGUAUUAAUAUGUCGCGGAAAUUAGCGUAUUUCAAUGUCAAUGGCUACACCGAGGCCAUUCGGUACAUGUUACAUUAUGGAAACGUCAAGUUCGAGGAUGUGCGCUAUGACCACAGCCAGUGGCCAAUUAAAGAAGUCAAGGACUCUCUACCAUACGGCCAGUUGCCAAUAUACGAGGAAGAUGGCCGAGUCCUCAACCAGUCCAUAGCCAUUGCGCGGUACGUGGCCAGCCAGACGGGUCUCCUGCCGGCAGACCUGUGGGAACAAGCCAAGCUGGAUGCUGCUGUGUUGAAUGUUUAUGAUCUUCUCAAAAAAUUCGUUGCAUAUUACUACGAGUCAGACCCAAAGAAGAGAGAAGAUGCAAAAAAGACUCUAGAAGGAGAUAUAGUUUUCUUCUAUUCUAGAUUCGACAAAGAGCUGAAAGCGAAUGGCGGUCAUUUUGGUGGAAAGUUAUCCUGGGCUGACUUCAUACUAGUGGGGGCAGUCGAGCUUCUGAACUUGUAUUUGAAUGACACACUACAGACAAAUUAUCCUGCCAUAGCAGCUCUUGUAUCAGAAAUACAUGGAUACCCUGGUGUGAAAGCGUACGUGUCAAAAAGGGAACCUUACAAACCUCCUCAGUUAGAAUAUAAAAGUACAAGAUACAAUGGAAAAAACGAUAACUCCUGCAGAAGUAGAUAUAAACAGUAUAAAUCUGUGUUGCAGAGAUCAAUGCCCUCCUCCGAGAAACAAUACAAAAAUAUUAUAUUAAAACUAUCGGCACUUGCGUUGAGGAAUCGGAGCAAAAUGGCAAAGAAACUGCACUAUUUCCACCUCAAUGGACUUGGCGAGUCCAUCAGGUACAUCCUUCACUACGCUGGAGAGAAGUUCGAAGAUAUCAGAUACGACGGAUCUGAGUGGCCGAUCAAAAGUGUAAAAGACUGCCAGACAAAAAUAUCGACACUUGCGUUGAGGAGUCAGAGCGAGAUGGCAAAGAAACUGCACUAUUUCCACCUCAAUGGACUUGGCGAGUCCAUCAGGUACAUCCUCCACUACGCUGGAGAGAAGUUUGAAGAUAUCAGAUACGAUUAUUCUAAAUGGCCGAUUAAGGAAGUAAAAGACUCCCUGCCCUACGGCCAGCUCCCUCUCUACGAAGAAGGCAACAAGAGUCUGAACCAGUCUCUGGCCAUCGCCCGGUACCUCGCCAGCAAGGCCAAUCUCCUGCCCGCAGACGCCUGGCAGCAGGCUGUCUUGGAUGCUACAGUUUUCAACAUCUACGACUUCUGGAGCAAUUGUAAAAAAAUCAUUUUUGAGAAAGAUCCCGAGAAGAAAGCAGCCAUCAAAAAGGAAAUCCUCACCGAAAUAGUUCCGUACUACUUCUCAAGAUUCGAGAAAGAGCUGAAGGCAGGAAACGGAUAUUUUGGUGGAAAGCUGACUUGGGCUGAAUUCAUCUUCAUCGGCAUCAUCGAGACCGCCAACCUGUUCAUCGACGCAACCAUUGAGCAGGACUACCCCACCGUCGUGGCUUUGCUUAAGAAGAUCCGCUCCCUGCCAGGAGUUAAGGAAUAUAUCGCGACCAGAAAGCCAUACACUGUCUUGUGCGUCACAACACAACAUAACAGACACUUGAGGAAUUUAAGCGUGAUGGCGAAAAGAUUGCAUUAUUUUAACGUCAAUGGUUUUGCAGAAGCCAUCAGGUACAUUCUUCACUAUGGUGGGGAGAAGUUUGAAGACGUCAGAUAUGAAAAAUCUCAGUGGCCAAUUAAGAGUGUUAAAGAAUCUUUGCCUUACGGACAGCUCCCUCUUUAUGAAGAAGGGGAUAAGAGCUUGAACCAAUCGUUAGCCAUCGCCCGCUACCUCGCCAGGAAGGCUGACCUUCUGCCUUCAGACCUUUGGCAACAGGCUGUCUUGGAUGCCAUCGUCUUCAACAUCUCUGAUUUCUGGAACAAAACAAAGGCAAUUGUUUUCAUUGCGAAUGACCCUGAUGCGGAUAAGAAAGCAGCUGUCAAGAAAGAAAUCAUUACCAAUGUAGUCCCAUUCUACUUUAAAAGAUUUGAAGAGGACUUGAAAUCUAACAAUGGACACUUUGUUGGAAAGUUGACCUGGGCAGACUUCAUGCUAGUUGCUGCCAUUGAAAAAGCCAACUUGUUCCUUGAAGAAACCAUUGAGAAAGACUACCCUAACAUUGCGGCCCUGGUUAUGAAGAUUCAGUCCUUACCUGGAGUCAAGGAGUACAUUGCAGCUAAAACGCCUUACGAAAUCUGAAUAAAUGAUUCGAUG